CCUGGCGGGUAGCUUCAGGCGGCCAGCCCGGGGGUCUCGGCUCCCGUGACGGCUCCUCUCCCCUUUCUCGCUUUCGACCCUGGCAGCCAGCAUGAGCUGCGUCACCCUGCCCACGGUGCUGCCCGGCUCCCCCAGCAAGAUCCGGGGGCAGAUCCAGGUGAUUCUCGGGCCCAUGUUCUCAGGGAAAAGCACCGAGCUGAUGAGACGCGUCCGGCGCUUCCAGAUCGCCCAGCACAAGUGCCUGGUCGUCAAGUAUGCCAAGGACACCCGCUACAGCAGCCACUUCUCCACCCACGACAGGAACACUAUGGAGGCGCUGCCAGCCUGCCAACUCCGUGAUGUGGUCCAGGAGGCCAUGAGUGUGGCUGUCGUGGGCAUCGAUGAAGGGCAGUUUUUCCCUGACAUCGUGGAGUUCUGCGAGACCAUGGCCAACAACGGCAAGACGGUGAUUGUGGCGGCCCUGGACGGGACCUUUCAGAGGAAGGCUUUUGGUGCCAUCUUGAACCUGGUGCCCCUGGCGGAGAGUGUGGUAAAGCUGACAGCCGUGUGCAUGGAGUGCUUCCGGGAAGCCUCCUACACCAAGAGGCUGGGCCUGGAGAAAGAGGUAGUUCCAGGGGCCUGUGGCUUGAGUGGGCAGGGGCUCCGCCUGGGUCUAGCCCCUCUACACUCAUUCUUUGCAUCUCUGCCACCAGGUGGAGGUGAUUGGCGGAGCGGACAAGUACCACUCUGUGUGUCGCCUCUGCUACUUCAAGAAGUCCCCAUCCCGCCCUGCAGGGCUGAACAACAAGGAGAACUGCCCCGUGCUGGGGAAGCCGGGCGAGGCCACGGCUGUCAGGAAGCUCUUCGCCCCUCAGCAGGUCCUGCAGUGCAGCUCUGUCCACUGAGGGCCUGAGGCCGCCUGCCGCCCCGCCCUUCCACCCAC